CUCUGCAGCAUGAAGCGGAAGGGGAGUAUGAAGAACCACUUACCUGUUUUCUCCAGCAAAAAGUAUCUCACAGCUGACAAGUGAUACAAAGGACCGUUUGGCUCUCUUUCAGUCACCACCCAGACAAUGAUGACUAGAUUAGGAAAGGCAGAGCAGUCUUCGUUUUUGGUCUUCUCUCUCUGUUUCUGCUCGCUGCAAGGCACAGAAGGGUUUUUACUGAAGCACUAGAAGGGGACUUUUUCAGGGACUAUUAGAAGAAUAUUACAUUUAAUAAAUGUACCACUAAUAUAGCACAGGAGAAAGAGCUGAGACAAGAACUUCUCAACAGCCACCACCACCUCUUGGCCAUCAGCCCCUGGAGAAGUCCACAGAAUGGCUGCCAGUGCUGCUACUGCUGCAUCUCAGCUAACUGUCUUCACUUACAGCAAUGAAAGCAGCUGCGACGUGUAUAACCACCACUUUGCAGCGAAAGUAAUUUUUUCAUUCUUUUACACUGUCCUGCUGGUCUUUGGCUCUUGUGGAAACGUCCUUGCCCUUUAUGUCACCUUCCACCGAGGGAAGAAAAUCAACUCAACUGAUCUCUACUUAAUCAACCUUGCUGUGUCAGAUGCCCUUUUCACACUUGCUCUGCCGGGAAGAAUUGCUUACUACAUCUUAGAAUUCAACUGGCCUUUUGGAGACUGGUUCUGCAGGGUGACGGCAUUCAUCUUUUACAUGAACACCUAUGUGGGCAUCUACUUUAUGACAUGUGUGAGUGUCGACCGCUACAUCGCCGUGGUCCACACUCGACGGCUUGGCAGAUUUAGGAAAGUGAGCCGAGUGAAAUAUAUCUGCAUACUGAUAUGGUUCAUUGUGUUCCUGCAGACAAUAUCAUUGCUCUUCAGGCCCAUGACCAAGAAGAUAGGAGAUAAGCUGACCUGCAUGGAAUAUUUCAACUUUGAAGAAAUUCCUAAGCUGCCAUUUAUCCUUCUGGGCGCUUGCAUGAUUGGAUUCUGCCUACCAGUGGGGAUUAUAUUAGUUUGUUAUGUGCAGAUCAACCUAAAACUAUGCAGAGCAGCCAAAGAAAACCCUCUGACGGAUAAGAAUGGGCACCACAGAAAGGCUUUCACAAUCAUACUGGUUGUGCUCCUUGCAGUUGUGAUUUGCUUUAGUCCUUACCAUUUAAAUAUCAUUCAGUUCAUGAUCAGAAAGAUACUGUACCAGCCAUCUUGCUCAGCACAGAAAGCCUUCAAGAUGUCUCUUCAAAUCACAGUGGCUUUUAUGAACAUGAACUGUUGCAUUGAUCCAAUAAUUUAUUUCUUUGCAUUUAGAGGGUAUAAGAGAAGACUCCUAAGACUAUUUAAAACCAGUGGCUCAGCUCCAUCCUCCUCCACUGGAAAGUCAUAUUCAGAAAGUAAUAGCAACAGCCACAACCAAGGAGUUUGCUCAUCUUCAGCUUAGCUAUAAAUUUUCAAUGUGUCCAUGUCUACUCAAAGCUCUUAUCUUAAAAUUACCCAUUGUUGCACUGGAGAAAUUCCAUAGGUGGCAGCAAAGGUGGGAGCAUAAGUAUAGACAAGUUGCUGGUGUCUUUGCCACUGUAUCAUCUAACACUCGCCAGAACACAAUGGCAUGGUACUAAAACCACCAGCACCUCUUCCACACUUAUAUUCCCACCGUUCAAUGGAGCUGACCCAGUGGCAGGAGAAGGGUGGAAGUCUUAAGGAAAGAGCUGGGUAUCGACAAGGUCUUAGACCAAGAUACAUAUUUUUACACACACACACACACACACACACACACACACACACACACACACACAGUAUCAGAAGUCUGAGCAGUCAUUUUAUGAUUUCUGAAACUUGUUAUAACAACAUGGUAUUAGAAAUUCAUUACAAUUUGAACAUGUAUUUCUUAUAGAAGAUUAUGACUUGGAAUUCAGUAGAUGUACAAACAAAUGGACAGAGUGAGAUCCUCAUCUUCUCAGUAGUCAUUAAAAUAAACAAUUAAAACAUAUUCACAGCCCUUGGAAAUGGCACACAUAAAACUGUGCUUUAUAUAGGGCACAGCUUCUUGAAAAUGGUAAAAAGUUUGUAUGUUUGUUAAAUCUGGAAUGAUGCUCUGAAAUAGUAAAUAUCUGGGUAUUAAUCCAGUAAAAUUAAAGUGAUGAAGCAGUACUAUGAAACAACUAAUCACACCCAGUGUUUUACAGCUAUUUGACAUGAAGCCAGUCUUCCAUUUUCCUGUCUUGUGAUUGAAAUUUUACUUAUCAGCAUCCACUGGACCCUGGGAGAUGAUUAAAAUCAGUAGCAGGAAUGUCCCUCUUUCAAAAGUCUGACCUCAUCUGUAUAAUCCCAGAGUAUCUACAAUAUAUUUUAAAACUGAAACUGACUCAAAAAUUUCUCAGAUGAUCUAGUGACUUGAUAUGUCUGUACUGUGGAAAAAGACAAAACAGAACUGCAACUGGCCACAACAAUUCCUGUAACAAGUGAAUGUAAUCUAAUAAUUAGCAGUGGUGAGCUGCUAAAAAAAGAAGUUUGGACAUGAGGGGAGCUAAAUGUUUUCAUUCUACUUUCGAAUUUAAGAUUGUAAAUAUAUUUUGAAGAUUAGGGGCUAAAGCAUAUGUUGGAUUGUCAAGUGUGGAAUAUUUUAACAAAACUUAAAGGUUUUCAGAAAAAAAUAGGUCCCUAUUUCUGCCCGCAUUCAAAAUGGUCAAAAGCAGUUUCAUUGUCUCAAGUUAUUCUAGACAAACCAUAUGUGACAGGAGGUAACAGUGCAAUACUCUGAAGAAUGUAGAUUUUAUAAAUUAUUUGGGGUCAUGGAUUCAUCAAAGAUAGGCGCUCACCUUACAGAAUACACAAAAAGAACUUUCCAUUCCGUUUGGUGUAAAACUGGCCAGCUAAUGUUGUUGGAAGCUAUUUUAAGCUAUAGAUGUCUUUGCAAAUGAGAGUCAUGUCAGAGAAAUAGAGACAAAGAGUUUAUGGGUUACAUAUGGGUCUAGAUGUAUAUAAUCAUUGACAGUAGAAUAAUAAAAAUGUAGGUCUGGAAGUGACUUGGUGAGACCAGCCCACACUGAGGCAGGACUAAGUAUACCUAGACCACCCUGACAGAAGUUUGUCUAACCUGUUCUUAAAAAACUCCAGUGAUGGAGAUUCCACAACCUCCUUAGUAACCUCUUCCAGUGCUUAACUAUCCUUAUAGUUGAAAGUUUUUCCUAAUGUCUAACCUCAAUCUCCCUUGCUACAGAUUAAACAGAUUACUUCUUGUCCAACCUUCAGUGGACAUGGAGGACAACUGAUCACUGUGCUCUUUAUGACAGCCUUUUAACAUAUCUGAAGACUGUUAUCAGGUCUCCGCUCAGUCUUCUUUUCCCAAGACUAAACUAAUCCAGUUAAAAUGCCCAUUAUGAGGAUAAGCUCCCUAGAAAGACUUUGGCCCAAUCUCAGAAUCUGAACAAAGGAGGAUAGGUAGUAGUGUAUGCUUUGCACAUUGCCUGUCUUUAACCUUUUUAAGGAGGAGAGUGAUUGAGAUCUUUGAAGUUCCUCCAUAGAGUUAGUUUAUGACUAUUCUCCUGAGGAGUUGGAAAGGUAACAUUACAAUUUUUAUCAAACAUCAAUAUUUAAAAAAUGUAUAUGUCUAGCUGCUUUUCAAGACUUUACAUUAGAAAUGUCAGAUUCUGUAUAAGAUCCAGUGACUAAAUUACUUUGGAAAUCCAUUCAAAUAGUUGGGUACAACAGAGAGCACAAAACAAUGUACACAUUUUCUCUCAUACACACACUAUAAGAAACCUGAGGGAUUAAAGAGUCUUAAAAAUUCUUGGAAAACCUCACACACACUUUGCUUUGUCAAACAAGACUUUUGCCCCUUGAUUCUUAGUGAUGAGUAGUAUAAUAUUCCCCCCCCCCCCAAAGAAGCCUUGCCUUUCAGACUGGCUCUGUUCUUCAUUGCAUUUUCUUCUUCAAAUAAAAACUUUGUUUUGUGAAUUGCAAACUUUAUUUUUGCAUGUAAUAAA